AUGGUUCAAAAAGUUUUAUUAUUAGGUUCUGGUUUUGUUGCUAAACCAACAGUUGACAUUUUAUCACAAGAUCCAAAUAUCGAAGUAACUGUCGCAUGUAGAACAUUAUCAAAGGCUAAAGAAUUGGCUGGAUCAACUGCAAAUUCAAUAUCAUUAGAUGUUACUGAUUCAUCGGCAUUAGAUUCCGAAGUUGCAAAAUAUGAUUUAGUUAUUUCAUUGAUUCCAUAUAUUUAUCAUGAAUUAGUUGUUAAAUCAGCUAUCAAAAAUAAAAAACAUGUUGUAACUACUUCAUAUAUAAAUCCAAAAUUAAAAGAAUUGGAAUCUCAAAUUAAUGACGCUGGAAUUACCGUCAUGAAUGAAAUUGGAUUAGAUCCAGGUAUUGAUCAUUUAUAUGCUAUAAAAACAAUUGAAGAAGUUCAUGCUAAAAAUGGUAAAAUUAAAUCAUUUUUAUCAUAUUGUGGUGGUUUACCAGCACCUGAAAAUUCAGACAAUCCAUUAGGUUAUAAAUUUUCAUGGAGUUCAAGAGGUGUUUUAUUAGCUUUAAGGAAUUCUGCUAAAUAUUGGGCAAAUGGUGAAAUUGUAAAUGUUUCAAGUGAAGAUUUAAUGGCUAGUGCAAAACCAUAUUUCAUAUAUCCAGGAUAUGCAUUAGUCUGUUAUCCAAACAGGGAUUCAACAACCUACAAAGAAUUAUAUAAUAUUCCAGAAGCAGAAACUGUUAUAAGAGGUACUUUAAGAUUUCAAGGAUUUCCUGAAUUUAUUAAAACUUUUGUAGAUUUAGGAUUAUUAAGCGAUGAAGAAUCAGAAGUUUUCUCAAAAGAAGGACCAUGGAAUGAAGCUUUGGCUAGUUUAAUCAAUGCCAAAUCUGCUUCAGAAUCUGAUUUAAUUGAAAAAAUUGAUUCAUUAACUAAAUUUAAAUCACCAGAAGAUAGAGAAAGAAUUCUUGCUGGUUAUAAAUGGUUAGGUUUAUUAUCUGAUUCAAAAAUUAUUCCAAGAGGUAAUCCAUUAGAUACCUUAUGUGCUACUUUGGAAAAAUUGAUGCAAUAUGAAGAAGGAGAAAGAGAUUUAGUUAUUUUACAACAUAAAUUUGGUAUUGAAUGGGAAGAUGGUAGUGAAGAAACAAGAACAAGUACUUUGGUAGAUUAUGGUGAUCCAAAAGGUUAUUCCUCAAUGGCUAAAUUGGUUGGUGUUCCUUGUGCAGUUGCAACUAAACAAAUUUUAAAUGGUACAUUAAAUAAAAAAGGUUUACUAGCUCCAAUGACUUCAGAAAUUAAUGAUUCAAUAAUGAAGGAAUUAAAAGAUAAGUAUGAUAUUUAUUUAGUUGAAAAAACAAUCUAG